CUCACAUCCCGCCCCUUUCGUCACGUCACUUUCUCCUCUUUGCAAGUCCUGUCAGCGGAACCGUUUGUGCUGAAUUGCACUUGAACGGGGGGCUAAAAACACACUCAAAGAUGACCGCACGGGUAAGUUGAGCGUCUAUUAAGGUUCACACACACCUAAAACACGAAAAGGUUACACUAAAUACUCAAACUAAUGUGUCGUGAAUCGGGUAGAAGCUGUGUUUUCGACGUAAAGUGAGCCAGCGCAGCAGUAGCCUGUGUGGCAGACUGAGAUGUCAUUCAAAAGUUCGUAAGCAGCCCGGAAGAAGAAUGGAGGAUCUUAUGACCACUCACACCGCUCACAGCAGCUUUAUCCUCGUACUUUGGAGUAAAAUAGACAAUUUAAAGAGCUGUAGUUCGGAUAUUUAGGUUGUAGUGUUGUUGAAGUGUACCGUCAGUUCUGCUCCUGACUUCUAAAUAAAAAGUUGCGACCUCCUGCAAGUGUAUCUCGAAGUUAAAGGGAUAAAUCAGUGAUAUUUACCGGGAGCAGAUAGAUAUAAUGGGAUAAAAAGACAAGGAGAAGUUUUAGAUACACUUGUCUAAAGAUGACGGUUCAGUUAUACACACAGGAACCAUUAUAGAGAGGCAGCAAUGUAAACAACACUGAUGUGUAUUUCCUGUACUACAGUUUGUCUGAUUAUCUUGUUUAUUUGUUUUGGAAAUGGGCCUAAAACAAGACAAAACGUUUAAUUCUACCUCUAAUAUAGGUAUUCAACUGUUAAGAUUUAUUGUUUUUUCUUUCUGUUUUGUUUCAAGGCACUUUUGCUUUUAAUUAGACAUGACAUAAAGAGGACUAGAGAGUGAGGAAAGACUGGUAUCCACUGUCAAAAGUCAAGUCAAUUCAAAGGUUGUUUAUAAAAGACCUUUAAAAAGAUUCAACAAAGUGCUGUACACUGGAUAAAUAAAAUAAGUAAAUGAAUAGAUAACAAUAAAACAAUAAAAUUAAAAACAGUAGAAUAAAAUACAGACAGAAAAAUAAUAAUAUUAAAUGCAAGGGAGAAAAGGAGGGUCUUUAAAGGUGGGGUAGACAGGAAUCUGUUUAAGAAUCAUCCUUUUUUGUGGUGUAUAUACAAUAAAUCUUUUAAUAUCAGUUUAAAUAGCUAUUACUUAUUGAUGACAUUUGGUAAUAUAAUGAUAUUGCUGUGUUCUCUUAUGUCUGUGUAGUCAACAUUUAAAAUUUCAGCGCGGUCCGCACUUUCUGACAAAGCUGUUCUCCACCUCCCCCGACCUGAUUGGUUGUGAGGCAGACGCUGCUCCCCCGUGUCGUUCACGAGCCCAAACAAAGUUAGCGUGCUACAAUAUCGGACAGUAGAAACCAACCAGAAAGUUUGGAAAAAUUGUCAGAAUCCUCCUUUGGCCACGACUGCCGACACAAGCAAGAAAACAAAGUAAAUACCGGAGACUCUGGCGGAAUAACGGGCGCUUAAAACGGAGGUAGACCGGACAAGAGCUAAAAAGCCAAGUCAAUAAUGAUGGGCGAUGCUUUGCGAUUUUACAGACCCUGUAACCUUUCUGCUGGACAGGUAAACCGCUUUAACAAAGUAAGACAAGUGUCUGUAACAGAAGUGUUUCUUGUCAAACGGACCCGCUGUAGCGUGAGAGAGGACAGGAGUCGGGCAGCAGCGUUUUGGAUGAGCUGAAGGUGGUUGAUGGAUUACUUGUCCAAGCCUACAUACAACAAGUUGCAUUAAUCUAGUUGUGAAGUUUUAAAGGCAUGAAUAACAUGAUGCAUCCUGUGUUCAUCGCUUAUUUGAUAAAGUUGUCUCUUGCCCAGAAAUAGCUGGGAUAGACUCCGGCGUGCCGUGACCCUGAUUGGGAUAAGGGGUUAAAAUAAUACAAACUAUCUUCUGUAUUUUUCUUGGAAAACAGUAUCUGCGGGACGACGAUGGAAAACAACAUAAAUAGACUGUAAAAUAUUCACUCACAAAAGACAAGUUUGUAAUUACAUUCAACAGGAGGUCAUGUAGACUGAGGGAGCCUUUCAAGACAUCACUAUAGCAACAAGCAUGUAACUGUGGGUCUAAGAGAUUGUUCCUCAUGCUGGGGGAGAAAAGCCCCUGGAGUGCCAACCUACACAAUCCACCCUUUUAUGUGACUGUUCAGCUGAAUUAAGUCCAGAAACAGAGACGAAAUGUGACCAAGGAUACAGUGACAGCAGCACGUCACUUACUGUACUUGAAAACCUAAAGUGUACCUGCUUCGUUUUGUCCUACAUCACAUAAACUAUGAAUCAUACUGCCGCUCACUCAGUACAUUAGUGCAUACAGUGUUUGGGUACCAGCGUUUUAAAGGGAUAUUCUGGCGUAAAAACCCUCAAAAACCUACAAAACCGUAAAAAACCCUAAAUUUAAUUUAAGUUUGUCUCUUUGCUCUCCCGUCAGGUUAUGCAAGCGGCCAAGUGCCCGACAGACGAAUUGUCGCUGACCAACUGUGCCGUCAUCAAUGAGAAGGAGCAACAGCUUGAACAGUGAGUGGGAUUUCCUCUGACACACGUAACCCCGCAUAACAUCACUGUUUUAGUGUUAUGACAGGAUGGAGAGGAGUGGGCUGAUGGUUCAAUGUCGGGUUACGUCAGUGUGGUGUGUGGGAAUCACUUGGAGCAGCAGAUGAAAAAGAAAAACAGUAACAUCUGGGUUUAUGCUUUAGAUAUCCUCGAUAGGUUUAGCUGCGUACUUGUGCUUUACACCUUUGAAGUAUAGGUGCAAAUAAAGUAGGGAUGUAAAGUAUCUUCAGUGUUUGGAAAUGUUAACAAUCAAUUAUUGAUCACUACAAUUUUUUUAUUCUCCUCAGCAACUUCAUGGAUAUAACAGACAGACAUACAAAACUUUAUGGUUACAAACUUUAAAGCAGGAUUUGGAAAACAUUGGUUGUAAAAAAUCCGAAUUAUUCUAAUCCCAUGUAGUCAUGUAGACUGAGGCAGCCUUUCAGUACAUCGCCAUAGCAACAUGCAUGUAACUGUGGGUCUAAGAGAUUGUUCCUCAUGCUGGGAGAAAAGCCCCUGGAGUGUCAUCUAUUCUGGAGAUACUAAUUAUUCUGAUCCCUGCAGAGGGCUGGAUUGGUCAAUAAAACAACCUUUUUGUAAUUUAAGUCGUUUUUAAACAUAUUUUGACUUUGAUUUGCUUACCGUAUUUUUCACACUAUAAGGCGCAACUGAUUAUAAGACGCACCAUCAAUUCGCGUCUAUUUACAUACAUAAGGUGCACCUGAGUAUAAAGCACAUUAAGCCAAACAAAACAGUCAGAUAAGUCAAACUUUAUUUGACUCCGCGAGGCUCCGGUAACUGCAGUGCUCCGACAAGCCAAAAGCGCCUUAUAGUGUGAUCAUUUUUUCAUGGAAAUACAAUCAGACUGAGAAGCUAAGGCAGCAGAACUACUCUUUAGAUAAAACAAAACGACUGAUUAUUAUGAAACUUCAAUAUCUCAUUAAAAGCAACUAUCUGGAUCUUUCAGCUGCCGUGGACUUUGGCGCCCUCCUGUGGACUAACUGUGCAGUCUGUGAGGAUUUCUUUUGUAAAUUUACAAAGUGUCCAUCUGGAUUAAACUGCUCUUUAAAAUAUGGAUUAAAGUGAGCUGGAAUCCCUGAUCCUGGAUAGUCCUGUUCAGAUUAAACCCUUUGAACAACCAAGUCGAGAUAACGGAGAGAAAACUGACUACUGUUAUGGUUUUAUUUACACUUGAUUUAUUGUAGUGCGUCAUUGGUUCACUACUGCAGAUCACACAGUCUGAGGUCUGUGGUCUUAAACAGAGUCAGGUUGUGGUGUUUCUGCAGGAAAACUGGUUGCACAGAGAGUAUCGUAUUGUCUAUAUUCUACUGUUACAUGUCUUAGCUCUGCUGCGAUCACUCUUUGAAUGUCUAACCAGUCCACCUCCGUCUAACACAGACACGUGACUGUGCGCAACGGGGGCCACAAGUACGUGUUCUCCUUGAAGACACAUCCCAGUGUAAACUCGGGCACCAUCGCCUUCAGCCUGCCACAGGUACGUUUGAAUAUUUAAGAUCACGGUGUUCACCGCCACAUGCUCUCAGUGAUCACUGCGUCUCCUGAUGAUAACUGUGCACUGCUGUUGAACUGUUUCUGCAUAUGUAAUCACUUUGAUAGAAUCUGUAAUACAAAAUUAAUGGACGCUAUGAUCGUCUGAGUAAAACUACUAAAAGUCUCAGCUGAUCUAAUAUUUUCUGUCUAACAAUCAUUCUGAAGGUGAUAACUCAGUCUUCUUUUGGUGUGUGCUGCAGUUUGACUGUCUUCUCCUCAGAGAGUCAGAUUUUUAACUCGUGUGUUUGUCUUUGGGCUCUCUGCUCUGUGCAUGGACCUCUCUGUUGGUCUCAAUCUGUCUGUCACUGCUUCUUUUUUCCUUUUCAUCUCCACUUGUCUCUGCCUGCUCUCCCUCCGUCUGUAAACUUGGCAGCCUCAGUGGCACACAGGUACUACUGUAACCUCCUCAAGACGCUCUUAUUUCACCACGAAAGUCAUCGAAUAUGGAAUAAUACCUACAGACUGACUCGUGUUUGACAUUAAUGGAAAAACACGUUUGGUAAACUGCCUUUAUGUUAAAAAACGGUGGUGUUAUAAGAUCGAGCUGUAGAGGAUUGUUGCACUGAUGUCUCUGACAUGUGAAUUGUUGUUGUUUUAAAUCAUUAUUAUCUUUUACUGAUAGUUUUUAGUGGAUUAAAAAUAUUUUUUCCUUGCAGAGAAAAUGGGCUGGUCUUUCGAUUGGACAAGAGGUUGAAGGUAAUCUUUCUGUCGUUACUUUAAAGCUGUUUGGUCCGUUUUAAACAGACCAGAGUUUGUUUCCUCGGAUAGUCCGCUUCCUUUGGGCAGGUGAGAAAGCUAAUCCGAACUCUGGUGCGGACCAAACAAGCAAACUCUGGUCCGCCUGAAAACGUGGGUCUCGGUUCGCUUGCAAGUGAACCCUGGCUCGGUUCGUAUGCAGUGUGAAAGCUCACCGGACCAAACGCAGGACCAAAUGUACGUAAUGACGCUAUACGCAGUGCAUCUUGGGUAGAGGAAGCACGGCGCGCACUCUAAACCAAAACAAACAUGGCGAGAGGACAAACGAAGAGGUUAAAGCUCUCCUUGAAAUAUGGUCAGAUGUCAGCAUAAACCUACUCCUGACAUCCCCAGAACCGCCAACUUCACAUGAUGCUCCAUCUUUACUCUUGUUUUUCCGGAGCGGGAUAGAGGGAUUUCCCCUCCUACUUUGUCCAAUCGACGAGCACCCCACGGGAUGCUGUUCGGAAAGUUUGGUGCGCUUUAGAAAUCACGGUGUGAAAGCAGAACCCAAACAAGCGAUAAAUGCAGCAAUGUUGAGACUUUCAGCUCCCCAGUCGAACCGAGUCCGCUUGGUCAGGUUCGAAAGCGACCUAAGAUUGCAUUAGCGCCAAAAUCAAUUUUCAUCUAUAAAUAUUAAAAGAGAAAAAAGUAAUUUUAGUCAUGAAAGAAUUGUAUUUGAAUCCUUCUCAUAAUCAGAACGCUUCUAUCUGUCAAGCGUUUAAUUGGAUUUUAGUUGAAAUGAUGAUAACGGCCUCCACACAAUCAUAAAACCCUGAUAAUCAAGACUGAACGAUGUUGCCCGCCUGCUUUGUUUCCUCAUUACGUCCCACACACAUUAACAGCAGAGUUUAAUUAUAAAUCUUUCAGUAUCAAUCACAAUAAUCCAGCAGCCGUAGUUUUGAUUCAUGGUAGUGUAAAUUUUAACGUCUCCUUUUGCCCGGCGGUCUUAAACUCCCUUUGAGUCGCAGACACCUGCAGCAGCACAAUAACCUUUAGUGUUUAAUCCAACCUUCAGGUUUUAAAGGAUUCAUGCAACUUUCAUGUGAGUGACAUUGAAGGCUGCAGCCAAACGAGGAUGGAGGUUUGACUUUUAUUUGGCUGUCAUUGAAGGUGGAGGGAACAUGAUUUCCCGCACACAGAGGCGGGCAGUAUGACAGAGUUUCUGGGUGGCAUUACUCCACAUUUGGCUCCGAGUUUGGCCUGAAUCCAGAAAGAGAGAGAGAGAGAGAGUUUGCUCUUUGAUGAAAUAUCCUCCUUAACACCCUGAGGCCGUGUGAUGCCCAGGAUGAUGGCGGCUAUUAUGAUUCUGUCUUCAUAUCAGGAGUGCAAAAGAAGGGAUGAAAAUUUAAUCCACUGAGUGAAAAAGCCUCAAAACUCUUUAAUCUUUGUAAAAAAAAAAAAAGCAGGAAACUACGACUCGUUUUAUGAUCUGAUCAAAGUGAGAAAGUACGUCUUUCUGCUUCAUUCAGAGCGAAUAAUCAAACUGAACAUUACAGUCGUAUCCACAAAGGACAGAGUGAAAUGGCAGUGUCGCUGUGGUAACUGCGAUAUGGCUAAUACAGCUGUAAUUGUCCUAAUUACAUAGCAACAGUGGAAGAAAAUCAGCCUGGAAAGCUUCUCAGAGAAGACCUGAUUUCCAUAAUGAGGCUUUGGCAGCAGUUGGAAGCCCUGCUGCAGAUGAUUUGAAUGUUAAAGAGCGCUCUAAUUCAUAUCAGAUUUAUGAAGCAAACACUGUUUUUAUUAUUCCUCACAUUAAAGCAAAAAUGAAACGCUUGUUAAUUAUAAUAGAGGACUAACAAGGCGCUGAUUUAAAGCGUUAUUAUCACUCUGAGUGUCCUAAUGAGCCAACCUCCUGCUCCUCGGCUUUGGUUUGAUUUAACAGAAUCAAACCGUGAAUGUCAGAUCUGUGCGGAGGAGCCGAAGAGCUGUGUGUGGUUUUUAAGUUUCUCAUGAAGGAAUUAUUGUGGGAAGGUUUAUUUUUUUCCUCUUUAAACAUCUGAAGGGAAUAAGAUCACAACAUGUGCAAACCAGACCGAGUUAUUAAUUUGGACCGAGACGUUUCCGUAAUUAAAACCAUCCGAUUAAAUAUUUUAAAACAAGAAAUGAUGUGCAAUUUAAUACUCUGCUAAACUCACAACGUAUCUCAUAAGUAAGAGAUAAUGUGAAGUUAGUCAGUCUGAGAGUUUUGCAUUAAAAGAAAUAAUAAAAUCAGUGAGUUUUUCUAACUUUUCUUCUUUUUUCUCCUUUAUUAGUUACAAACUACAAGUUUGACAAGUCCAGACAGUGUGUAAGCACCAUGACGGUGGAAAUCGACUUCCUGCAGAAGAAAAGUGUCGACAGCAACCCUUACAACUCCGACCUCAUGGCCAGCGAGUUCGUCCAGCACUUCAACAACCAGGCGUUCAGCGUCGGACAGCAGGUGUGACUUAAACAAAGUUAACUCUUCGAGUGUCACCACCACAAAUACAAUCUUCUCUCCUGUAAAUACCAGAUUUAUGUUACAGUCUGAGUCACAUCUGUUGCUCUCUUUGACUCUUUUUGUGAUUUUCAGCUGGGCUUCAGUUUCGGUGAUAAGCUGUUUGGGUUGGUGAUAAAAGAUAUGGAGGCCAUGGAUCCGAGCAUCCUGAGGGGAGAACACAACUCCGGCAAAAAACCAAAGGUAAUAUCUGUGAACAAACAUUUUUAGUGGCCAUCAAACACCUUCAUGCACCUUCAGUUUUGAUUCACAAAAUGUUCUUUCUGUUUGCUCCGUCUUUUCUCUGUUUCUCCUCUUAGAUUGAGAUCGGUUUAUUGACGGGAAACAGUCAGGUGAUUUUUGAGAAGGCUGAAACCUCAUCCAUGACCCUCGUUGGUGAGUGUGGACCUUAUAAAUCUCUAUUAACACCAUUACUAACAGAAAACUUCAUCUCAAGAAGCCGAACAGUAAGAGGUUCAUCCCACAGAUUCUGAGGAGUUUAGGUGCUGCCUGCAGGUGCUAAAUCCCGUUAAAAAAGGAAGAUCAUAUUUUAAAGAAUGAAUUUUUACAGUUUUUGAGCUCUAGGCCAUAAUGAAUGAAACAGAAGUGGAAUAAGAAUCAUUUAAGUUUACAUGUUAUGAGUUUAGAGCACAUUAAGUUUCCACUUUUUGAAAAAUAUUAACCUUUUACAACAUUUAACUUAUUUUAACUUGUUGAGAUACACCUGUUCUAGAGUUAAGGGGAAUAUUUUGUGAUGUGAACAUGAAUAAACAAUCAAAACAAAUAAAAAAAUGACUUUAAAAUGAGUUUCUUCAGCUCCUGUAAACCUAUAAACUCCUUUUAGCUGGAGAACAACUCUCCUCAGAACCACCAGGGGGCACACUUCACACAUGUUUCUCAGCAGGCUCUCUCUUGUUUGGCGGUGCAUUGGUGUUUAACUGCAAAUGUGUCUGCUGAAACCAAAGUUUUAAUGUGAUAUAUGAUGUUUAUAUGAAUAUUUCGAGCAUCUCCUCUGUCAGUAAACAAAAAUAUUGACUUCUUUUUUUUUUUGACUGACCCCUCCAGGGAGAGCCAAGACCCGAGAGUCCCGCCAGUCCAUCAUCAGCCCGGACUGGAACUUUGAGCGGAUGGGGAUCGGCGGUCUUGAUAAAGAGUUUUCUGAUAUCUUCCGUCGAGCUUUCGCCUCCAGAGUGUUUCCUCCAGACAUCGUGGAACAGAUGGGUGAGUCUCUCUCUCUCUUUUUCCUCAUUGUGUCAUCACUUAUUCAUUUGUUUGUGUUCAUUCUUUCACUUUAAGUACGAUGAACUGCAGACCAGAUGAUAAUCGCAGGAAUCGCUUUUAUUCCCCGUUUUUUGAAAGUCUUCUUCAAACUUCUCGAGCGAUGAAUUAAGAGUUAAAUGAGUCAAUGCAAUAAAAGUUAAAGCGGGAGGAACAACUCAGGGAGAAAUAAGAAAGUAAAUAUGAGGAUAACAGGCAGAAGACAAAAGAGUCAGUCUGUAAAAAUGAGUCUUGAGAAGAAGAUGUAACUGUUAGUAUUUCAUCUCCAGGCCCCCAGAUUUGAGGGCCCCUGACAUGAUCUCCUUUGGUUUUUAGCGAGAACUUUACCUGACUACCUGACUCAGGCUGACACCCUCCACCUUACACUGAUAUCAGGCAUUAAUGGGAUAUUCUGGUGUGAAAUUAAUUUAGGGUCAAACACACUAACACUGAGUUAGACACCCCUCGAGAGAUGAAUGUUUCCGACUGCUUACUUAUCUAGUUAUAUCAACUCUAGUAGCGACCGCUGGAUAGCAAUACAGAGAAAUCGAGAAAUGAUCAUAAAUGUUCUUCCUUGAGCUGCGUCACCCCACUGUAGUCCGUAAUGGACUGGCCUGAGGUCUCGCUACAAACAAGCGGCUGCUGGAAGAGAGUAGGUGAGUUGUGUUUAGUCUCUUUGCUAAAGAAAUGAGUCAAAGUUAAAAAGAUGUUUGGUGUCUAGUACUAUGGCUGUGACCCUAUAUGUCCUGUUGAUGAAGUCAGGUGCUGUUCUGAGCAUUAUUUGUGGCUAUAGAGUGGCGUUUUGGUUGAGGUUUGUUUAUGGCUCCUCAGACCGCUGUGUAUUGCUAUCGUGCGGUCGUUACUAAAGUUUGUAUAACUAGAGAAGCAAGAGGUCUAAAUUAAUUUUAUGACAGAAUAUCCCUUUAGUCUCAGUCUAGUCCCUGAUUGUCUUUUUUUUCUUUUAAAAGACAUUGAAAUAAAUAUCAGUCAAUAAAAACUGUAAUUUUACAUCAGAGUAGCUUUUAAAUGUACAAAUACAGUCGUGACUAACAACACUCAGAACUCUUUUCCAUCGUUCAUCAGGUUAAAAAGAGAGAGAGAGGUAAUAGCUGCCAAAUAUAAUCACUGUUUGAGUGUUUGAGUUCAGCUUUUGUUUAAUCUUUGUCUCCACAUUAUGACAAACCCAAACUUGAAAGACCUUUUGAGGAAGGUAUCACAGCCUGAAUCAGUGAAACCCACAAUCUUUGAUUAGCAGGCAGGGAGGCGUCCUUCUGCGCUGCCUCAUCCAGAACUGAGAAAACCCGCCGUGAUCCCUGAGCACACUCAUUAAUAGAUCUCUGACAGCUGUCAGAUUAUUACCAUGAGUCACUUUGCUCAGGACUGCAGCUCAUUUUAAUGAAAGCCAUCAGGUAGUCUUCUUUGUGACUCACACACACACACACACAAACCUCUCCCUCCACACCCACACACACACACAUCUGUGCUAAUCCUCGUUCCCAGACCUGCAGGUCCUGUGAAAACCUGCAGCACAGACCUCUAAGCCUGGCAAACACGCCACACACUGACACCCACAGAUACCCACAGCGCUUACAGCCCAAGGCGGCGUCCAGCAGUGUGCGAGCUGACCUUUAUCCGGCUGCCUGUGUGCAGCAGUCGGCCUUUGGCUGUGGCCAGCUGGCUGCUGUAAUGAGAUGGCGUGCCCUGAUAGAGCACCCGGCGAAAAGGUGAAGCUGUAAUUGGUCAGCGUGGGGAGCGGGGAGAGCAGGUGCUGACAGAGAGGAGCUGUCGGAGUAAAAGUUUUCAAAGUUUCACCUUGUCUCCCCUUUGCUCCCCAGACAGACGGACAGACAGAAGCUCCAGUGCUUUCUCUCCCCAAAACAACAAACUUCUCCCCUCCUUCCUCCCCCACCUGUCAUCCCGGCUGCUUUUCCUUCAGCGAGCCCAAAUGGCAGCUCAGAUGGUUAUCUCAGGCCUCUCAAUUAGUCUGGGCUAAAUGUCAUUAAGCAGGUGCAAAAGGCCAUCGGAGUGACCCACACGGUAAAACUGGUGGAGAGCUUUAGUUAACCUGGACGGUUCAGGGAGAGCAGUCACAGUUUUUCAUGGAUUAACAGUCCAGAUUAUUCUGCAUCUACUGUUUCCACAGCUUCACAUCUGCAGGAGCUGUGAAGAGCAUUUCAAUCAGUUCAAUCCCCUAAAGCUGAAGCUGUUUGUGAAGCUUCGAAAUGACGGCAUAAAACCAGUUAUUUAAUCCUGAUCAGGCUGUAAACCAAAAUUCUGAUCGGUCGACUCGAUUUUUUUGUGUGUCAAUUACUAGUCUAUGGUUAUUUUAAUCGAGAGGAACGCACCAAGUGCUAAUGGGGGUGUUUCACAUGUAAUGGCCUCUCUCAGAAUACCCCCCUUGUUUUCACCAUUUUGGAUUCGCCCAACCCACUGGAGACGAGUGAUGAGAAUGGCAGUUCUUUUAGAAUCUGUUCACUAAAAAGAUUCAUUCAAAGAUUUGUUCACCAAAUCACCAAAUCAUUCAGUGCUUGGCAGGGAAAAGAUCAUUUUGUCUGACAAAAUUUUUUCCACAGAAAGUAGUCCAAUGCGUGAUUCGUUCGCAAAGUGAUUCAGGCGUCGGUGCAUGGGGUCCCUUGUUUGCCGGCUACUGGCUCGGCAAUGCUGUUUCUCACUUCAGCUCAACUUAAGUGAGAAACGAACAAAUCAUUCGAAGAAGUGAUUCUGUUUAGUGCGUGCACUUCAAAGAUUUGGUUCUUUUGAACAAAUCAUUCGUGAACAGCACAACACUACUGGAGACCGGCUGGAGACGGGAAGAUUGAAAAGUGUCCAUGUUAAUGAACGUCCGCUGGUUUUACCCUAUUUUAGUCCCAGAGUUACUAUUUUGUGUUUUAUUACCUCUUUUUUUGAAAUUACUUUCUUUUAUUGUUUGAUUUUAAGACUGUUUUAUUUAAUUAACUUUUAACACUUUAUCACCUUUAUUAUAUUUUAUCAUUUUUUUAACUCAAGAUGGAGUUUCCUCAGUCAUCUGUGGCAAGGUGAAGAGUCUUCAUCUGGUGUUUUGUGUGUUUCUGUGUGUGUGAGUGCUGGAUUAGUUGAAUGAGGGUUGGGAGGGUGGGUGGGUUUGGUAUUUGUUUUUUAUUUAAUUUAUUUCAUUGUUUUUAAUAUAUUGAUUGAAUGGAAAGCAAUUUGUGUUACAUUCUAUGUAUGAAAAGUGCUUUAAAAAUGAAGUUUGAUUGAUUGAUUGAUAUCAGCUCCGCCGAGCCGUGUCGUCCCUCGCCGGAGCAGGUUUUUCAUUCUGAGUUGGAAACCAUCCCCCAUUAAUCGAUUUUCGGUUGAAAAUCUCAGGGUUUUAGUCGACCAAGAAUUUCUUUGGUUGAUUAAAUCCUGAUCAUUAAAAAAUGUUUACAGACACAUUAACGAUGCAGAAAGUGAGUCAGCAGAUUCGCUCUAUCACCAGAGUCCAGUAUAAAUAAUGUAAAUCUUUCACUUCAUGAAAUAUUCGACUCAUUUGCUGAAAGCGCGAACAGCCUGCUCUCAGUUCAACUCUGUUUUUCUCUCUCUGGGGCGUGUGCGUCUGUCUCCAGGCUGUAAGCAUGUGAAGGGGAUCCUGCUGUACGGACCCCCGGGCUGCGGUAAAACCCUGAUGGCGCGGCAGAUCGGCAAGAUGCUGAAGGCCCGGGAGCCGAAGAUCGUCAACGGCCCCGAGAUCCUCAACAAGUACGUGGGCGAGUCUGAGGCCAACGUCAGGAAGCUGUUCGCAGACGCAGAGGACGAGCAGAAGAGGGUGAGCGAAGAGGCGCAGAACAGAUAACAACACUUUUAUUUAAAGAAAGAGUUUUUCGAGUUUCCAGCAGAGAUAAAUCCACGUUUUGGUGAUGAUAAAUGAGCCUGUUUUUACCACCUAACCCGCUCGGCUGCAACUUUCCCGAACUUAUUUUCUACACAUCAGAUAAAAGUUGAACCAAGUUUGUUCUCAGGCUUCUCUAUCCACCCUUUGUACCCUUGAAACACAGAUUUAAUCUGUGAAAACAGAAAAAAAAACUCAUUUCUGCAGGAGUGGAGAGAUCUGCCCUUUAGCCAGACGGAGCUGUAAUAACUUCAAGUUCUGCGCUGAAACCAGCAGCGACAGUUAGUUUGGAUUGUGAGACACCGGCGUGGAGCUUCACUCUUCACCACCUAAUGAGGGGCUGGGCUGUCUUUGACCUCCUAUUAGAUCUCCCUGCACACGCACGCACACACACACACACACACACUCACACACUCAGAGCCAGAGUCCGGUGUGUAAUAAGGACAGCUCCACACCUGCUUUAAAUGCUACGGCUCAGACUGACAGGUCUGUAGAUGGAGGGAUAACCCCCCACCCUGCUGCUCUCCACCUCUUCCAUCUGUCUCUGUGUUGAGGGUCAGCGCUGAACCUCAGGUCAGAGCGAAAAAAAAACUCUGCUGGGGUUUAUUUAUUGAUCGAUUUCUCAUAAAAAUACAAUCAAAUGAAACGGCAGCUCUCUCAGGAUUUCUCUCUUCUUCUCAUUUUCAGCUCGGUCCAAACAGCGGGCUCCACAUCAUCAUAUUCGACGAGAUCGACGCCAUCUGUAAACAGCGUGGCAGCAUGGCGGGCAGUACAGGCGUCCAUGACACCGUGGUCAACCAGCUGCUGUCUAAGAUCGACGGCGUGGAGCAGCUGAACAACAUCCUGGUCAUCGGUAAUCACGCGCUCACACGCUCUCUGGUGUCAUCCCUGAACAUCUGCACCCUCUGACUCAUCCGUCUACGUCUCCUCUCCAUCUGUCCCCCCACCCUCAGGUAUGACCAACAGGCCCGACCUGAUAGACGAGGCUUUACUGAGACCUGGAAGACUGGAGGUGAAGAUGGAGAUAGGUAAGAAGGCUUCACACCUGUUUGUCCUUCAGCGAGAGGCACAGUGGGUGAUAGUGAAAACGACUAUUUUAACCAAGAGGGUCAAAACAGCAUGAAAGUUACUCACAGUGCCUUUAAAAUCUGCUGCAAAAUGAUGAAAUUUAAGGAAGUAAAACAUGAAAAUAGUAAAGAGUUGAUCAGAUAAAGACAAAUUUGUAAGAAAACCUUUCAAACUGUCGAUGAAAAUAACGUCAAACCAAGUGUGAAACCUCCGACCAAAGAUCGUGUACUUUCAAAAGGUUUAGAGUUUCUGUGUUUCUGCAGGAUUACCGGAUGAAAAGGGAAGAAUUCAGAUCCUCAACAUCCACACGGCGAGGAUGCGUGAGCACGACCUGCUGUCCUCCGACGUGGACAUCAAGGAGCUCGCCAUGGAGACCAAGAACUUCAGCGGUGCCGAGCUGGAGGGUCUGGUCAGAGCUGCGCAGUCCACCGCCAUGAACAGACACAUCAAGGUCAGACGGAGACAUUCGGGAAAACCUCAGAUAAUAUUUAUACUUUUCUUUUCCUUCUUCUGAGUAAAGAGGAAAUCUGUUUAGACGGACUUUUACCAUCAGAAUUUGAAUGUGAGGGACUGAAAAUCUCACGGUUUGAGGAGCAGGCCACACACUUGGUCGACACUGAGACACUCAGGUGUGUGUGUCCUCAGUUAAGUGUCCUAUCAGGUGUGUCGGCUCAAAUCUCCACAGCUCUCAGAGAUAAGGUGAAGUCCUCAUCUGCGAGUGCUCUUUCUCGACACUCACAUGAAGCCGGAGUUUAUUAGAGGGUGAUGAUUGAUGACAGACAAGGGCUGUACGCACGUCUGAAGGCUGUGACGCUCUUCUUCUUCUUCUUCCGACCUUUAAGCUCUGAGGGAGAACUUUGUGUCUUAACAACACGGUGAAAACGAAAAUCAGGAGGCUGGAGUUCAUCCAUCUGCUGCCACUCAGUGUGAGAUAUCAUGUUUGUGUGUGUGUGUUUGUGUUUGUGUUCAUGCAGGCCAGUAACACGGUGGAGGUAAACAUUGAGACAGCAGAGAAGCUGCAGGUCGGCAGACUGGACUUCAUGGCCUCGCUGAAUAACGACAUCAAACCUGUGAGUCCAGCUGUUCUGUUCAGAUCCUCUUAAGUCCAAUAAUAGUCAUAAUCAUAAUAACUUUAUUUUUAUAGCACUUUUAAAAACAGAGGUUUACAAAGUGCUUUGCCAAACAGUCAUAAAGCACAGAACAUCAGCACAUGGAAAUAAAAAGAGAUAAAAACAAGAGCUCCAUUAAAAACAAGUCCUCUGAAUUGAAGGCCAAUUUUAUUUGUCAUAAGAAACCAAGACAAUACGAGAACCCUACAACAUAAAAUGAGACCAUGAGGACCAAAAUAAAAACAUAAAAUAGGAAAGAAAAAGAAAUGUAAUAAAAAAAGGGGGGUAGAAAGCAGGAAACAGGAUAGUAAAUAUUAAAAGAAGAUAAAAAAAUAACAAAAUAAUAAUGAUGGUUAUAGUAAUGAUAAAAUAGAAUAACAAAAAUGAGCAGAAAAAAACAAUAAAAUCAAUAAAAGGCCGAAAACGUUAAAUAGGACAAGAUUAUGUCAAACAAAGGCUAAAAGGACAGGAAGUCGAAAUAAGAUAGAGGUGAAAGAGAUAAAAGAUUAAAGAUGGUAUCACAUAAAAGCAAGUCUGUAAAAGUGAGUUUUUAAAUUUGACUUAAAAGAAGCGACUGUCUCUGCUGUUCGCCUUAUCUCCUCUGGCAGGUCGUUCCAAAGUCGAGGAGCUCUGAUGGAGAAAGAUCGAUCACCUUUAGAUUUGAGCCUUGACUUUGGAACGACCAGGAGACCUUCGCCAGAGGAUCUCUGAAAUGUAGCUCGGUGCAAGUCCUUUGAGUGCUUUAAAAGUAAUCAAUAAAACCUUAAAAUCAAUUCUAAAAGGGAGGCUGAAAUUGGGGUGAUGUGAUGCCGUCGACUAAAACCAGUUAAAAGCCGAGCUGCUGCGUUCUGAACUAGUCUGAGGAGAGUGAUUUCUCAUUUAAUCCAGGGAGGAGAGAGUUACAGUCGUCCAGCCUUGAGAAAAUGAAAAUGAAAAUGAUCCCAUAUAACAUCCCUAUUUCUGUCUUCUUCUUCCUGUCCAGGCGUUCGGUACCAACCAGGAAGACUACGCCAGCUACAUCAUGAACGGCAUCAUCCGAUGGGGCGACCCGGUCACCGCCGUGCUGGAGGACGGGGAGCUGCUGGUGCAGCAGACCAAGAACAGCGACCGAACCCCGCUGGUGUCCGUGCUGCUGGAGGGUAUGUCCUCCUCCUCACACAUGCACACAGGACUGUCUGCAGCUCGAGCGUGAAGGCCAAACAUCCUUAUUUAGAAACCGACAGGCCGUUAACCCCCUGAAGAGAUCAUUAGUGAGUCCUCCUUUCCUGCAGGUCCACCUAACAGUGGAAAAACCGCCCUGGCAGCCAAGAUCUCUGAAGACUCCCAGUUUCCCUUCAUUAAGAUCUGCUCCCCUGACAAGAUGAUUGGACACUCGGAGAUCGCCAAGUGCCAAGCCAUCAAGAAGGUGAGUCCACAAUAAAGAAAUCUCAAACCCGAUUCAGCUCCGACUUUGAGGUGAUGAGUAAAAACCUCGUCUUGAAAGCUUUAUUGACUCUCAUAAACUUAAUUAUCUGCCUCAGGAGAUGGAAGAUGAGUUUGAAUCAAAGUCGCUCACAAAUAAUCAAACAAACAGAUCUUUGUUCCCCGGGCCUCGGGUCAUGACGGCUUCGCUCUGAUCUUGACUUUAACGCACUUUUAUCACCUGUGGUAGAUUUUUGAAGACGCCUACAAGUCCCAGCUGAGCUGUGUGGUCGUGGACGACAUCGAGCGUCUGUUGGGUAAGAGCCGCAGAGAGUCGCUGUACAGGUUCAUGAUGUUAAAGGAGUUUGAAAAGAAGAUCUGCACACCGAGGAGCUUCUUUUCAAGGUUAUUUAGAUGAUAUCAUCGACGUGGAUCUGAACUUUUGAUUGUUGAGAUCCUUUUGAGACUUUUUAGUCUCUCCCUUGACGUUUAAAGGGAUAUUCUGGUUUAAAAUUGUUUUAGGGUCGAACACACUUUAACAUCGAGUUAGACCCCCCCUCCAGAGAUGAAUGUUGCCGACCGCUUGCUUCUGUAGUUAUACCAACUUUAGUAAUGACCGCAGGAUAACAAUACACAGCAGUCUGAGGAGCCAUGAACAAACCUCAACCAAAACGCCACUCUAUAGCCACAAAUAAUGCUCAGAACAGAACCUAACUUCAUCAACAGGACAUAUAGGGUCACAGACAUAGUACUAGACACCAAACAUCUUUUUAACUUUGACUCAUUUCUUUAGCAAAGAGACUAAACACAACUCACCUACUCUCUUCCAACAGCCGCUUGUUUGUAGCGAGACAUUGGGCCAAUCCAUUACGGACUACAGCGGGGUGCCGCAGCUCAAGGAAGAACAUUUAUGAUCAUUUCUUCAUGGAAAUACAAUCAGACAGAGACGCUAAGGCAGAAGAACUACUGUGUCUGCAGUGAAAAAUGAUUAAUAUGGUGAUUAUUACUUCAAUGAAAUGAUAAAGAAAUGAUCAUAAAUGUUCUUCCUUGAGCUGCGGCACCCCGCUGUAGUCCGUAAUGGACUGGCCUGAGGUCUUGCUACAAACAAGUGGCUGCUGGAAGAGAGUAGGUGGUGCUGUUCUGAGCAUUAUUUGUGGCUAUAGAGUGGCGUUCUGGUUGAGGUUUGUUUAUGGCUCCUCAGACCGCUGUGUAUUGCUAUCCUGCGGUCGUUACUAAAGUUGGUAUAACUAGAGAAGCAGGCAGUCGGUAACAUUCAUCUCUGGAGGGGGUGUCUAACUCUGUGUUAUUGUGUGUUUGACCCUAAAUUAAUCAACUCUGAGACAGUUUUUGAUUUAUAAUCCCAUUCCCAAAAGUGUUUGAAAACUGUCGGUAAAAUUAAACAUGAAUUAAACUUUCACCUGGUAGUAAAAUGAGUCCUGAAACAUGCGUCUCUUUUGUGGGUUUUGCUCAGACUACGUCCCGAUCGGACCUCGUUUCUCCAACCUGGUUUUACAAGCUCUCCUGGUGCUGCUGAAGAAACCUCCACCAAAGGUAAAGGGGCACUUUGUUGCGCUGUUCAGAUGGACUCUCUCUCUCUCUCUCUCUCUCUCUCUCUCUCUCUCUCUCUCUCUCUCUCUCUCUCUCUCUCUCUCUCUCUCUCUCUCUCUCUCUCUCUCUCUCUCUCUCUCUCUCUCUCUCUCUCUCUCUCUCUCUCUCUCUCUCUCUCUCUCUCUCUCUCUCUCUCUCUCUCUCUCUCUCUCGUUGUGGCCUUGCUAGUCCUGAGGUGGCAGAAAGAGGGCAGCAGAUCUUGAGGAUGCCACCUCACCGGUUCUUGUGAGGAGUUGUUGGAGGUCUGCGCCUGGGGCUGGCAUGUGUGAGCGGCUGUGUGUGAGUGUGUACGGUUAUUAGCGAGUGUUUUCGUCCCGGCCUGUUGUGCUCCCAGUGAAUGGUGGUGGUGGAGACCCAUUUCUCAUAGUCCCUUUGGUUUGUGAAUGAGAGUAUAGGCCACUAUAUGGCUGCAUGUGCAUGAGAAGUGGCGCGGGGCCGGCUGCUGAAUGCCUGGCUGCAGUGCUCCUCUGGGGUUGUAAAGCGCUGGGCCCAGCGGGGUGCCUGGGGCCGGGGGAGGCCAGGGGGACACGGAGGAGAAAGGGCUCUGUGAGAGAGCCAGGACCUGGCAGCACCGCCGCCUGUGUGGCACCUCAUCUGCAUGCAGCAUCACAACCCCCCACGCCAUGGGGGGGCAGCCGGCAGCCAUAAUCCCCCUGUCUGCUCGCCACUCCUCUGCCUCUCCUCCUUCGUCUUCUCCGGCUGGUCUUCCUCCAACUUGUCGGCUUAGUGGAGCUACAUUUCUUUUGCUUCCCGGCUUUCUUCUGCGCUCAUGUUUGUGUCCUCUGCUGUUGUCUCCUGUUAAUUUGGGUUCUGCUCUGUUCUCUUGUCUGUUCGUCUCCUGUCUCCUGUUACUUUCUCCUCCCGGGCUCUUGUUGUGACUUCGGGCCCGCUCACACUGUCAACCUUCAUUAUUCAUGGGAAACCGUAGUGCAGGAUUAUACUACUACCAGUCCAGAGCCCAAACUCCUGUGGAAACUUGAUAGGAACACUGAUAUAGACUGAAGUGAGGAGGCGGAUGGAAUAACUAAUGUCUCCUAUACAGAAAGCUGCUUUCUUAAACCGAUUUCACACAGAUCAGUGUCCUCAAAUCAACAGAAAAUCAGUCUGACUCCAGCACCUGCUCGAAAAUAUAAAAAACAUGACGCCAUCCUUCAUCAGCUAGAUUCAAUAGAUCUAGAUAUUGAUCAUUGUGAUCAUUUUUCACCUUCUGCUUCUCUCUCAGGGUCGUAAACUCCUGAUCAUCGGCACCACGAGCCGCAGGGACGUCCUGCAGGAAAUGGAGAUGUUAGACGCUUUCAGCACCACCAUCCACAUCCCCAACAUCUCCAGGGGAGAGCAGCUGGUGGAAGCUCUGGAGGUAACUCACACACACACUCACAAACACACGGGUCACUCUGUGAUAAAUACUCUGAAACAGGUGCUGCAGAUGCUUUUACUUUGAUAAAGAUUCGACUGUAUCUCCUCCGCUACAGCUCCUGCAUUUAUUUACCGAGUUAACAGCGACUAAUCCCGCGCUGAGUGCUCUCCUUUCUUCUGUUCCCAAAAGCUGCUGGGCAGUUUUCAGGAUGUGGAGCGGGCCAGCAUCGCUAAAGCCGUGAAAGGACAGAGUCUCUGGAUCGGCAUUAAGAAGCUGCUCAUGCUGAUUGAAAUGGCCGUGCAGGUGAGAAAGAGACACUUUGUGCACAAACUAAAAAGGAAAAGGAGGAAAAAAAAUCUGUAUUUAUCAGAAAUUCAACAAACAUGAAGUUCUUGGAUGUGAGGAAAACAAAGAGAGCUGAAGGGGAGAGAGAGAGAGAGGGGCAGACUUAGAGGAGACUUGAUGUUUAAAACUGAAUAUAGAAACUCAAACAAAGAGCUCUGCUGAUGAUUUAACUGUUCUGGACUGAUCGUGAUUAUUGAUCGUGAUAAAUUUCUGUUCGAUCACGGUGAUCAGCUGUGAGCAUAUUUACUCGAUCAAACAGAGAAUAUGUGUCACAACAGCCAAUCAGAGUCGAGCUUUUCCUGCUCACUUCUGUAAGGUGUCUUACCCCCAAUUUUCGCCGUAUCCGGAAGAGCUCCGACCCGGAAUAGCAGCGAUUUUCUCCGUCCCGCAUUUCCUACUUGAUCCGUUUGUAAGAACCCGCGGAUACAGCCUUGCCGUAACCGUUAUGGAUAUGGUGGAAAUUGGGGGUUACUGUCUCCACACACCAAGCGCGAGUAAUAUCAUUUGCGCGAAUAAAUCACAUGUUAAGUCAAUGCAGAGAUGCGAUUAGACGCUCCUACUACUCUGGCAGCGUGAAUGACGCAAAUUGGGUGUGAGCUAAAAUGUCUAAACUUGAGUGGAUAUUCGUGUCGUGGUAACUAAUCAGCACGAAGGUUGCCAGGUGACAUAUGAAAACGGAUGGUUGUUCACUGGUGUCUAAAAUAAAGGACAAACUGAUCGUGUCAGUGAGUGAGAGCCCCGAAUUAUAUAAUACCUUUUCUUUCAAUUACUGAAACGGGAAUAAAAAGGAGCUCGUCUGGAGGAAAGUGAGUGAGAGGGUCGGACUACGUGGUAAAUCUUAAAAAAACCUUUGUCUAUCACUUGAUCCCGCCGGUUGAAUCAGCAAGGAUUACUUUCGACGCACGAAUGAAGCGAGUAAAUACGGUUCAUUCACACAUCUAGAUUUGCAGCGAAGUAGAUGUCAGCCAUGACUUUGAAUCAUCCUCUGAAGAUGUUAUUGUUGAGAAGUAAUUCAACGUUGGUUGUAUGGCGGUGGUUCGGGUAUCUCCAAAGUGACGUUGAGCAAUUAAGCCGAUGUGUAAAGUAUGUCGGUGGUCAGUGCCCCAAAAACCGGCAACACAACAGAUCUGUUUUAUCAUUUGAAAAAGUUCCUCCCCAUUGAUUAAGCGGAAAGCACGAAAAUGUUCGCGCCGUCUGCACAGCCUGUCACUACUGAUGGUAAGAGUAGCAUUAGCAGUUUAGCAACAACUAGCGGUGAAACCACCAGAACAAAGCAGCAACCAAUCAUAUCAUCUACAUUUACAUUUUAGGGCGUCUUUAUUAUCCCUUAGGGGGCGAUUCGUUUAUUUCGGGUCUUGCAUACCUGCAAAAAAAACUCUAAAUACUACAAACUAGUUCACUGUAUUAUUUAGUAUUUAUCUACAUUUGUUGUUCUGUUGAGUUAAAAUAGUUUUUACAUUUUUCUACAUUUAUCUUAUUCAGUUUUCUUUGUUAUUCACUUUGUGUGUCAAUAAAAUGUUGAACUAAUCUCUAGUUUCUUUAGUUUUUAGUACAGAUGCUUUGAAAAGGGAAGUUUAAAAAAAUUACCAAAAAAAUCGAGAUUAGACGAUACGACAAAAAACAUCCUAAUCAUUAUUUUUGCCAAAUCUCUGUGGUGGAAAUGUAGAAACAUUAGGACUGUUUGGUUCCUUGAAGGGAAGUUCCUGGCGCUAAAACUCCUUGGUGCUUUAGGUUGUCGUAACUUUGGGUGUCCAGUUUCUGGUAAAGUAUGACUGUAAAGGUAGAGGCUUGUCUUUUCGCACCUGUUACCCCCAGAACCAUGAAAGAAACAGGUCCAGUCUGAACCCGAGACCAGAGAGCAGAUACUGGUCCAGGAGAGAACAGACUGACUUUCUGUAAUAUUAGACAGAUUAAAACUUGGUCCGCUCUGUUCGGAUCAGAUGACGGAGAGGUCAAGUGGUGAAUAACAAGGCGUUCUUCACUCGUCAACAACCCGGGCUUCUCAUUUUCUCAUUUCUCAUCCUGAAUCACAAACACAUUUCAACUUGGCUCCCUUUACGUGUUAUUGUUUUUCCGACAAUGCGGUCUGAGCUCGAGGACAUCUGGCCGGCGUUCUCGGCAGUCAGCGGAAUCUGUCUCAGUCACAGAAAACUGUCAUCUAUCAGCUGGAGUGAAAAAUGUGCGGCUCUGCUGAUGAUUUGUCGAGCGGGAGGAUCCAGUUCUCGAAAGCAUCCUCCAAGAGUCCUGAUACGUCCACGGUUAUGAAACCCAACUACGCUCACAUGUUCUGAAUCAGAGAGAAACCCCUUCAUGGUUUUAGCGUACCUACAAUUACAGCAAAUUCAAUUCACUUUAGUUGUUCUGCGGCUGAAAACACGCUCAUGUACAUUAGACCCGUCCAAACCGUACAUCAGCGAGUGGGAGGAACACUCUUGGCGUCCUGAAGUACACCAGCUUGUAUGUUUGUAGUCCGAUAAGUACAGCGUGUUCGUAUAAACUCGACUUCCCUUUGGGAGAUUUGUGGGUUGGCUGCGAGGGGAUGUUUUUGUGCAUUUACUCGAACUGUCUCUAUAGAAAGUAGCCGAGUUCAAACAUACGCAAGUGUUUAUGUCCACACCCUUUUAGGGGGGAUCGGACCCUGUGAACGCGCUCCAGUAACCACCAGACAGGUCACGAGUCCAGUCAGCAGUCUUAGUGAAAACAAUAAUAACUUUAAUGUUAGGAGUGCUGCAUAAAAACCGAGUGACAACGUGCUUCAAAAAGAGAGGAAGCAGAGAUGGAGAAAGAGGAUGAGUCACGAGAGUUUAGACUGAUUUAAAAGGAGUCAAUGAAAACUUAAAAAACACUUUUUAACGACUCAACAGGAGGCUGUGAUUUUCCAUCUUUUACCUACAAAGUGGUCGGACUGUUCACAGCGGGGGAUUCAAGCAGAUCCCACUGAGUAUAGCGAGAGGUGGUCCGAGUCCAAUCAGCCUUUACGAGCAUGUCUGUGGACUGUGAACCCACUCAUGCAAACUCCAACUGUGAAUCUUCUACCUGUGACGUGUCAGAGUGAUGAGACAUGAGAACAGGCGUGGAGAGGUGCGAGCUCUGCUGGUCAAACUAAUCUGACGUUGUUUACCUGCAGACUUCUGCGUCCCGUCUGAAUCAUGAGUUUAAGGAAAUGUUUGAUAGUUUUCUAGGAGCUGAGUCUGACUGACCUUGAGUAUUUCGGAUUUGUUUAAAUGACUAAGAAUUAGGGCUGGGCGAUAUGGGAAAAAGUUUAUCACGAUUUUUUUUUUUCAUAUUAGUUGAUAUCGAUAAAUAUCAUGAUAUAUAAAAAAAUCAAAUUUAACAGUGCUUAUUGGUGGCAUGUCUUUUGCAGUACAAUAAUCUCCUGCAUCUGUGAGGUCUUUGUGUCCCUUCGACGUUUUGUCGUGGGGCGUUGCUCUAGAGAAAGCCGACUGAAUGGUCGGUUGUUUCGGCUGCACAGGCGCCAUGGGCUCGGGGUUUGUAACCUUUUGUUUUGCGUGUGCUCUGCGGCGUGGUGCUGCUUCAGGUGGUGAAAAAAAAUUGAGGUAUUCCCUGACUUUGCGAGAACAUGAACUCGACAUAAUUUGCAGUCCACACCACACCACCGAUGUUUUCAUGCCAGUCAUGUCGACGAUGUGGUCAUCUGUUGAGCCUUCAUGGUCAUUUCUGUCGGGGGUAGCACUCAUUUUCUUUUCUUCUCACCAACAGUGCUGUCGGCUUCACAUGUUAAAGUUCUAUUGUUGUGUGUAGCUGCAGCCUGUUACUCCGCAGUUGUUUGCUACUUGGUUCUAAUUCAUCAUGUGAUUGGUUCAGCGCAAAGCAGACCUGGAGCAACUCCCCUUUUCAUUGGCUGUUCUUAUAGUCUACCAAAUCAUGGCAAAAAGCACAUUGACCAUGUUUUUUAUUGAUAUUGAAGGAAGUUAAUUUUCGAUAUAUAUCAUCAUCAUUUUAUCGCCCAGCCCUACUAAGAAUUGACUCUUGUAACCACAGAUGUGAAGACGUCGGUUCAUCCCUAAUUGAAGAGAUUUGUUCCUCUGCAGCUCUUCCUUCAAAUCUUUACACUUCCAGAUGUGAAAAUUCAUCUUGAAAAUAUCUCCUCACCUGCUCUGAUGAGGAUUUUUUCAUUCUGAGGUGAAGCAGCAGGUCUGUUAGCAGACGCUUACCUGGAUGUGAGUGCUGGCUGGUGUUAAUUCCUCUCCUGACUGUACGUCUGUGGUAUGUUGAUGAUGUGUACCGCCUGUUUGUGGAGGCUGAUGCCGUGUAAUUGCUGUGGUAUGCACAAAUGCAGCCACGUUCCCCCCCCCCCAUUGAAAAACUAUGGACCCGUGUUUGCCGAGACUUGCUGCAAACACACACUCACACACACACACACACUCACACACACACACACUCUCACACAAACCUGUACACUCAGAGUCAGCGUCGGUCUUCGUCUCUUACUGCCUCAUUCCAGCGUUUCUGACUUCUCGCACGUCUUCACUCCGGUAGCUACAGGCGCUCGCAGACGUACUGUAAGUUAUUGCAUAGGUUCACAUUAAUUUGACUUCCUCUCCCCCCCUCCCUCCCCUCGGCGCUGCAGUCCUGUUUGCUCAAACAUCAGCCUGAACUCCAGGACCUGCCUCUCUCUCUCUCUUUCUCUCUCAGCUUCUUAUUUUUCAACAUUUUGCUCUUGAAAAAGCAGAAACGAAAACUUCCAUAAUCCAAAAAAUACUGUGUUUUUGUGUAAUUUUGUGCUUUAAGAAGAAAUGUCUUUGCUUCUUUUAGGUGGAGCCCGGCUACAGAGUCAGCAAGUUCCUGAGUCUACUGAAGGAGGAAGGAGCGUAAGUCUUCCUCUCCUGUCCUUAACUCCACUCCACGCUGUGACACUGAACUCUCACGCCGCGCCGUCACUUUCACCGCCUCUCUUUUUACAAAUGUAGCGCAGAGAGGAAAAGUUAGCAGGAGAAACAGCGAAUGUUAACAUCUCCAGUGAAGAUUAAUAAUCAACUUUUUCUCACUUUCUCAUCUGCAGACUGGGUUCUGAUAAGUUCGUGGCGAUCUAGACUCAGCGGAGCUACAUGGUGAAAAAGAGGCAUCCUUCAACGGUAAGAUGGAGCAAACGCAGCUUCAUCACAAAUGUGUUCACUUCAAAUUUCACAACAUAUGUAAAUUAAACCACCUCGUUAUCAAACCUGAAAAACUCUGCAUCCAUGUGCACAGGUCUCCUGAUUAUGAAGUCAAACAUUUCAAACACGAGUCGUGUUAUUUUGGCGUCUUUGUAAAAGGUGCUAACCCCCAAUUUUUCACCACAUCUGGAGCUGCAGCGAUUUUUGUCGUACGCCAAUUCCUACUGGAUCCAUUUGUGAGGCGAAUUUUGUGGCAGAUAAUGGUUAGCGGUAAUCACGAAAACUCGCAAGAACCCGCAGAUUCACGUGCAAUCGUGCGAUAACAAGUUGUUUUUAGCCACACGGAGUGUUUUACUUUGAAAAGAAGCCGGAUGUUUUAUUUUGUGUCUGUGCCCGACUUCCUUUCCAGCAUGAGUUAAUCUGUGCUGAAUUUAUCCGCCAUGCUCUGGCGUCCGGAAAAAAUAGAACUCUUGCGAUCAGCUGCGGAGUCCAGCGAUGGAAAUUGACACGUGACCUUGAAUGGUUACGAUCAGCUACGAUUGGCGCAUACUGCCUUUUCGUAGCCAUUCCAGGUGUGGUGGAAAUUGGGGGUCAAAGUUUGUUUAAUUUCACAUCAGAGUGGAUUAUCUCUCUUUUUCAUGUGUCUGCUGUCACUUAAUCUCGCUGUAAAUGAGGGCUGCUCUUUAACGAGCUCUCAGGUAUAGAUCAGAUUAGGGCUGGGCGAUAAACUGAAAAUUUACCGAUACCAAAAUUUACGACAAUAACCAACGUCAUUUUGCCCAUAUCGGUAUAUUCAGUGUAAAAAAAUAUAUAAAUCAAAGUUGUUUUUGGAUGUGUGUAGGUAGGCUAUGGUCUCAUGUCCCUUUAAGACGCUGUCCUACGUCAGAGACGUUGACGAAGUUAAUGUGGGAGGGGUGAGCAGCUUGUGGAGUAGUUAUCGUCCAUUUAUCGUUAUCGAGAUGAACUGAUCAAUAUAUCAUGAUAUUAAAUUGAGGCCAUAUCGCCCAGCCCUACGAUCAGAUUAAUAAUAAACUCAUUAAUUACUCUGUUAUAACUUCAGAUGUACCUGCAGACACUUUCAGGAAACUCAAUAGAUAAAGUGGCGACAAUAUCUUAAAACUACCGUUCGUGUUUCUCUGAUCGGUGUUUGCGCAGUGUUUCUUAUAUUCAGAAGUAUGAGUCACCGUGUCGUGUUGAAAGUUUCAGCAGGAUAGUCUCUCUCCUCAAAGUUCUCCUGUUACUCAGCGACUCUCUCCCCAUGAGGAGAAGCUGCCCAGGGUGAAAAACAACAACAAAAAAAACUUUAACAACUUUUCAACUGGCAGCCAGCCGGAGCUUCGCCUCCCCUCGCAGCCUCAGAGGCUUACGGUAUCGUCAUCUCCGCGCGUCGUGCCUAAAAAUAGGUCGACAGGACAGGUGCUCUCCUGUGGCGGCACGUCUCCUCCGCCUGCCUGUCUCCUCUCACUUUUAUUUGUCUCUCUUCACUCAGUUGCUGGAGAACGGAAGCCUUAAAGAGGCUGGCAGGAGGAAGCGGGCGAGAGAUAACAUCCGUCUCUAUCUCUCUCUCUCUCUUCUCUCUCGCUGCAUCCUUCCUUCCCAUCCCUGAAGCUCUGUGCUCUCCUCUCUGCACUGCAGCUCUCUGCAGCCAGGCACACCUCCUCCUCCUCUUCUCCUCCUCCUCCUCUUCAGCACUACCUGAACUCUGUAUAAAAAUAAGAAGCCGUGUUUGUGGCAUCUGUGUAUAUUGCAUCUCGACGACAAGUGCUGUGAUCUCUGUGUGAUGCCUUAAGCACUCCUCAAAAGAGUCAAAGAUACUGUUGUAGGUGAAUGAGCAUGCACAAACACUAAUCACAUCACUGUUCGGACUUUUUUUGUACGCGCACAUUUGUAACCUGAUCAUUCCUCGACUUGCUUGUGAGUCUUAACUUUUAAUUUUGUUAAUAAAUUAAUUCUGUAACGAUGAAAACUCAAACUUUGUCAAUGGAGUUGCCUCACAUGGGAGUGGGAGUAAAGGGGGGUUUGUUACAUGCAGCUUAGGGAGGGUUAGACCUCCUCUUUGGUUACUGAUUCAACUCAUUUUGCCAAAAUCAAACUCUCUAAAAAACAUUAUAAUAAAGCGUCACAGCCCAGUUUAAAUCAACAAACUCCCACCUGUUAUUCCCGAUCAUUUAGCGCUCUCCUCUCCUCAUUAAAGCAUGUUGAAACUCCCACAGAUUGUCUUUAAAAUUACGAUCUGGCAUCAUUAUCUUAUAAUUAAGAGAAAUUUCACAUCUCAUCAUGUGACGAACAUACUCGCACAUUAGCGGUUAACCUCCAAACUGUCUGUGUUGCAAUCGUUGUGCAACCGAACAAGAAAACAGAGUCUGCUCUUCACCAAACAGCUACUGCAGCAUGUCUGUGGAAACUAGAAACAGGACGCAGUUUUACGACAGAGAAACAAGAUUUCUGAAUCCAAAUGAGCGAGACGUCUAUUUAUUUCAAAUAUCAGUCAGUCCUGGUUUAUGUAACCUUUUAGAAAUUCAGUCGUCUCAGUUUGACCCUGCAGGGCAGUUUGAGACGUGUCCGAGUGAGGAGGUUUUUUUGUUAAUUAUGAAGUGUGUUUUUUUUUCUCUGUUUGUAAUAAUGAAGAAUCAUGGAUGUACACUUUUUUUCUGUCAUGUUGCAGGUUUGCAAAAAAAGAUUAAAAGUGGUCAAACAAAAAA